UUAUUGCAUCUUUAUUAUCGUUAUGUCAAAGGAAAAUGUCUAAACAGAAACCUGUCAAACCUCUGACCCAUUCUGAGAUAUCUAAAAAGAUCAUCUCUAACGAAAAAUCUGUAAGAUUAACUCAGGAAUUGUACGAUUUUUCUGGAAAGUACCGAGACGAAAAUGUGGCCGACUAUAACGGCAAGAUGGAGGGUUUCAUGAAAGCAGCCAAGCAAUACAAAAAGUAUAACGCUGAGACUAUGAUUAAGGAAAAAGUCGUUUUGCACGAUAACUACGAACAGCGAUUGGAUUUAAGCUUUUUAAAGGAGGAUCAUCAUGUUAUAAAGGACUGUGAAAGUCUUUGUUGUUGUUCGACAUCUACGCCAAACUUGACAGGACAGGUUUAUAAAAAACGGACCAUUAGGCCUGCUAAUUUUACACCUAACCCAGUUCCUGAUAUAUGCCUUAACGAACCAUGGUUUAGGCGGUAUUUAACACUGAAUAAAUUUAUCACAGCAGCUAGAACUGUUAUAAUACAGAACAGAUUAUUGAAAGUACUGGAAAAACUCAAGGUUCUUACUCCAGCAGAUAUACUAAAGAUUCAACAAUCUCCUGUUCACAGGAAAUGUGAAGAUUAUCAUUGCCAUCCUGUUUUUGAGAAAUUCCUAUAAAGAAGGAUGAAAAUAGAAAAAAUAGCAUUAAA